AUGUGCCAAAUCAGUUCAAAUGAUCAAAAGUCAGCGGAUUCCAGAGAAGCCGAUCAGGGCAUUGCAUACAAAGAUCUUUCACCAGAACAACAAGAGAUGAGCGACAUUCUAUACAAAAUGGAGAGCCAUGACCUAGAUCUUUUGGGUAUCGCAGACCUUGGCCGUGACGGCAUCUUCCGAUAUCUCGAUGCUGAUCGUAACAUUCACUACGCAAUUGCAUUAAGGCCUGCGUUGAUUAAGGCUUUAUUGGACCGCUUGCCAUAUGAUAUGGAAGAAGAAAGGUUCUGGCGCGGAGUUGAUGGAACAAAGGUCCCGAAAGAACAGUGGUACAAUCCGCCACCAGGUAUCCUUCCCCCACCGCUAUCUGAGGAACAUCGGAAAGAGGGCCGAGAGAUUAAUGAGAGGCUGAAAGGGAACAUGGAUAAGAUUGUUGAAGACAGAGAGAACUACAAGGAGCGACUUGUUUUCAUUGAGUCAGAUAAUAAGCUCGAAUAG